AUGUACCCUGUCUCUUGUACGCGGGUAGACGGUGCACAUGCUGCCAGCUUCUUGGGGCAGAACGUGCUGCAGCCAGAAGGCCGCAAAUGGAAGGAGAUGCAGCGCACAAUCACCUAUCUGCAGCAACGGGGAGAAGAGGGGCUACUAUACGAAGGCGGAGAAGAAGCAAUGGAGUUAAUCGGAUACGCUGAUGCAUCCCAUGCAUCAGACAAGAAGGACAGGAAGGGAGCUUUUGGAUACGAGGAAGAGAAGGGAGAACGUUCUGGACCGCCAGAAUUUUCCCUUGCAGCUUCUCUCCUCCCUUUCUCCUCCCUCGCCUUCACCUACCCACUCAUUCGCCAUUCACCUGCCACUCCACUCUCUCCUCCACUCCCUGCUCCUCCUAUGUUGCCUCUCCCCUGCCCUCCAUCCACACUCCUCGGACCCCACCCUACCCUCUCAUCCUCUCCCCCUCUAGCCUCUACCGCCCCCACCGCUGUGACAGCACACCCCACUUCACGCCUCUCAUGCUCCCACCACCCCCAUGCACCACACGCUCUUCUUCCUCCCUUUCUUCCUCCUCCUCUUCCCCCUUCCCCGCCCCGUCCCCGUCACAAAUUCCCACCCCCACCCUCGCCCUCAACCCCAACUCCUCCUCCUCCCCCCUCCUUCGACUUCUCUCCGGCAACCCACUCCAGCAACCCCCUCUCCUCCCUCAUUUCUUUCCUCCCCUCCCCAUCCCCCACCCUCCCCUCUCCCCGCACCUGUCUCGCCAGCACCAUCAGUCGUUUCAAGCGGCACACUCGCUUCUGCCCCAUCUCGCACCAAUCUUCUCCCACGUUGCUGCGUUCACCUGCACCCGCCCCCCCUCUCAUCCUCCUCCGCGUUCCCCCCAGCUCCCCCACUCGCGGCCCCCCUUUGCACCCUUCCUUGCGCUCGCCCUCUUGUUUCUGCCGCGUGCUCUCCCCCCUUUCCCUCUAUCCCGCACUUCCCCACCCCUUCGCCUGCCCAUUCUCCCCUCUUCCGCCCUUCAACUCCCGCUCAUGCUUUCCGUGCCACGCCUUCUCCUGCCCCUCGCCCCAAUUCCGCCAAACCCAAGCCACGCGUGCCCGCAUUCUCACUCCCCCUUCCCCUCCUUGCGCCUCCCCUCCCCGCUCCGCCUCCUCUGUAACACCCAAGGCUAUUAUAGUAGAGAUUACAAGGUUUUAA